AACACCUUUCUUUCUUCAUGUACAUUUAUUUAUUAUAUUGAAUGAAGUUCAGUUUUAACUUGUGAAGAAGAAAGAAUACUUAUAAUAUUAUUAUUAUAUUCAUUGUACAAGAAUUCAGAGUGAAAGAAGUAAUAAUUUCUUUGCGUGGCUUCAACACUAGGUCAAGUUUAAUAAUAUAUUCCUCAUAGUGUUUUUAUUUUUAUUAUCGGAAAACUGCAACAACACAAUUCGCCAGAAUGGAGAAUAUGAUUCCCAUUGAACCGCUGGAAGCAGCAUUACCACCAACAGAAUUAAUUGAUUUAACAACAACGGCAACAAAUACACAAAUCUCAUCAUGCGUUCAAAAAUUCUACAGCAAUGCAAAUAUAUUUAUUACUGGUGGUACAGGAUUUCUGGGUAAAUUAUUGGUCGAAAAAUUAUUACGUUCAUGUACAGAUAUACAAACUAUUUAUCUGUUAAUUCGAAAUAAAAAAGGAAAGGAUAUGCAUACAAGAGUUGAUGAAAUGUUCGAUGAUCCGAUUUUUGAUCGAUUAAAACAAGAAAAUAGUAAAUUUCGUCAUAAAGUUGUUGGAAUUGCUGGUGAUUGUUCCAUAACUGGUUUGGGUAUAUCAAUUAGAGAUCGACAACGAUUAAUACAAGAUGUAAAUAUUGUAUUUCAUGUGGCUGCAACUGUCCGUUUUGAUGAGCACAUACGUUUAGCAAUGGCAAUUAAUGUGCAUGCAACACGUGAAGUCAUUGAACUUAGUAAACAAAUGACAAAUUUAAAGACGGUUAUACACGUAUCAACAGCUUACUCAAAUUGUAACGUACAAAAAAUUGAAGAAACUUUUUAUAACGCACCAAUCAAUGUUGAUGAUUUAGAAAAUAUGAUUUUAAAAUUAAGUGAUGAUGAAUUACAAGAAAUCACACCAAGAAUUAUAGGACAAUGGCCCAAUACAUAUACAUUUACAAAAGCAUUAGCCGAAGCUGAAGUUGCUAAUAAUUGUAAAGGAUUACGUGUUGGUGUAUUUCGUCCAGCAAUUGUUGUCUCUACGUAUAAAGAACCUUUAGUUGCUUGGAUAAAUAAUUUAUAUGGACCCAAUGGAGUUGUGGCAGGUGUAUGUAAAGGAAUUUUACGUACAUUACAUUGCCACAAUAAUAUAAAUGCGAAUAUUGUCCCAGCUGAUAUGUGCGUAAAUUCAUUAAUUUGUUCGGCUUGGGAUGUCUACAAUUCACCAGCUAGUCGAAGCAAAGAAGAUGUACCCAUUUAUAAUUACGUUACAUCAGCAGAAAAACCAUUAACAUGGUAUGAAUUCCAUUCAUUAAAUUUAUUAUUUUACAAAAAUAAUCCAUUUACUGAAGUUUAUUGGACACUAAGUUUUCGUACCGUUAAAAAUAGAGUAUUAAAUUUAUUCUAUUUUAUACUGUUACAUUUUGUACCCGGUGCAAUUAUGGAUGUAAUCUUAACGGUGUUGGGUAAAAAACCACAAAUGGUAACAAUGUAUAAGAAAAUAUUAAAAUUUACUGAUGUUAUAUCACCGUUUUGUACGCAAGAGUGGGAAUUUACAAAUCAUAAUGUACAAAAUUUAUGGAAAAAGAUUGAUAAUCAUGGACGAAGUGUAUUCUUUUUCAAUAUGGCGGAAAUUGAUUGGUUAUUAUAUUUCCGUAAUUAUGUCAAAGGUAUGCGUGUAUAUUUGUUUCAUGAUCCAUUAUCCAAUGUGGAGGCUGCCAAACGUAAAUAUAAGAGAUUUGAAAUGUUACAUUUUGCAUUAAAAGGUGUAUUACACUUUGUUCUAAUUUACGCAUUAUGGUCAAUAUUAUCAAUGGCAACAAGUUCGAUCACAUCAAAUAUCAGUAGUUUAAGAUAAAAGCGAUUUGGUUUUUUUU